AUGAAAAGAAAAACGGUUACAAAACACGAGCGGAUGUCAUCUUCUGACGAAGGUUUAUUCGAAAUCGAGAGAUUUAAGAAAUGUUCAAAAACAUUUUUGAUUAAGAAUACUUUAAAUUUUAUAGAUUACACGCUUUUUUUUAACUAUGUUAGAGAUAAAUUAAUUUUAAAGUUAAAAGAAUCAUGUUUACAAUCAUCUAUAAAAUUUAAUUUACAUGUGGAUAGCGUAUACGAAAGAAUACUCACUCAAGAAGUUCGGGACAUAGCUUUCAAAACUUCUAAUACACUUGCAUGUAAUUCAUCCAAUUUCAAUAAAUUACUAAAUGGAAUGUUCAAUAAAUUAUUAUCUGAACAAGACCAGUUUUUAGCGAAAGGAUCUGGGUGGUCCCUUAAAACUAUAGAUGUAUUACAAUUGAGAAUUAAUACAGUGAAUCCUCUCAGAGGAGGAACGUAUCUAGAUCUACCUGAAUAUAUAAAAGAUAAAAGAGCAAUUAUAAAUGUAAAAAAUAACGAUGCUAAAUGUUUUAAAUAUUCAAUACUAUCUAAGUUUGAUAAUCGAUCGAAUAAAACUUAUUUGAAUAAGAAAUAUUUUAAAAUGUUAGAAACAAAAAGUGGUUUAGAUUUUAAAUGUAUUGAUUUUCCAACACCAAUCAGUCAGAUGAAAAAAUUUGAACGUACAAACGAUGUAUCAAUUAAUAUUUAUAGUUUAAAUGAUAAAAAACAUAUUUUUCCUUUGUAUAUUUGUAAUACUGAAAGAAAAAAACAUUUCGAUCUUUUUCUGUUCAAUAAUGAUGAAACAUCACAUUACUGUUAUAUAAAAAAAUUUUCAAGAUUCGUUAGAAGUCAGAAAACUAAAAAUUGUACUAAGCUAAUUAUAUGUAAAAGAUGUUUUACUACUUUUGGGAACAAACCGUGUAAAAGCAAACUUUGGGGUAUGAAAGGAUUGAUUGAACAUCAACAUAAUUGUAGAAAGAACCAAUUAGGGAAACCUAUAAUGUUUGAAGAGGGAGAUGAUGAUUUUAUUUAUUUUAAAAGUUAUAAAAAAACUCAAAGGAUACCAAUUGUUAUUUAUGCAGACUUCGAAUGUAUUUUAACUCCUAAAAAACCUGAUGAAUUCAUUCAGAGUUGUAAAAAAAAAAAAACAUAUAUUACACAUUUACAUGAAAUUAUGAGUUAUGGGUUUUAUGUAAAAGUCGACUAUGAUAUUAUACCAAAAGAGUUAGUAAAACAGUUGAAGAUUCCUAGAAAGGUGGUUAUUUAUAGAGGUGAAAAUGCAGCAAAAAAAUUUAUGGAAAAUAUGAUUGAUAUCGGAAAUAAUAUCAAAACAAUUUACGAAACUGCUACACCAAUGGGUAAAUUAACUGAAAAAGAAGAAAAACGUUUUCAAAGAAUUAAAAGAUGUGAAAAAUGUUCAAAACAUUUUAAAAAAAAUAAUUUAAUUAAAGUUCGAGAUCACUGUCAUUUUACUGGUAAAUAUAGACAAUGUCUUUGUCUCGAAUGUAAUUUUCAAAUAACUAAUCCAUCAUUCAUUCCAAUUUUCUUUCAUAAUUUAUCGUACGAUAGCCAUUUCAUAAUUCGAGAGCUCGGUUGCGAUGAUCAAAAUAUUCACGUUAUUCCUAAUUCAUCAGAAAAAUAUAUAUCCUUCAGCAAGGAAAUCGCACCUAAAUUUAGUAUAAAAUUUGUUGAUACAUUCCGUUUUAUGAGCGAGUCAUUAAGUAAACUUGCGGAAAAUUUAUCUGAAGAUAAGUCGAGAUUUAGAGAAACUCUUAAAAUAUUUUCUGCGGAAGCACUAGAUUUAGUUACACGAAAAGGAGUCUUCCCUUAUGAAUAUGUCGAUAAUUGGAGUAAAUUAGAUGAUACUUUUCUACCAUCAAAGCUAGAAUUUUAUAACUCUUUAACAGACGAGAAAAUUAGUGAUGAAGAUUAUAUACAUGCUAAAAAUGUAUGGCAUACAUUUGAUAUAAAGACUUUAGGUGAAUAUAGCGAUCUUUAUUUAAAAACUGAUGUUAGCAUACUAGCCGAUGUGUUCGAAAAUUUUAGAGACUUAUGUUUAUCUACGCUCGAACUAGAUCCUGCUCAUUAUAUGACUGCUCCCGGGUUUGCUUUUGACUGUAUGCUGAAGUAUACCAAGGUCAAAUUAUCAAGGUUAAAGGAGUAUAACAUGUUGCUUUUCUUCGAAAAAUCGAUUAGAGGCGGGAUAUGCCAAUCAACCAAAAGAUAUGUUAAGGCAAACAUACCAAAUAUCGAAGGAUUGGACUAUAAUGCAAAUGAACCGAUCACAUGGAUUACAUAUCUCGAUUGUGUGAAUUUGUAUGGGAAGUCUAUGUUAACAGAAUUACCUUUUAAAGAUUUUGAAUGGGUUGACGAUCUCAACAUAGAUGUAACUAAAAUCGCUGAUGAUUCAGAAGUCGGAUAUAUAUUAGAAGUUGAUAUUGAGUAUCCUAAACAUCUACAUAAAUAUCAUAAUGAUUUCCCAUUUUUACCGUUUAACGAAUGUCCACCAAAUUCGAAAGUUGAGAAAUUGUUAACUACUUUAUCACCGAAAAAAAACUAUAUUGUACAUUACAAAAAUUUAAAACAAGCAAUUUCUCACGGUCUUAAAGUAGUAAAAAUUCAUCGAGCUAUCCGUUUUUCCCAAAGUAAAUGGAUGGCAUCAUACAUAAAAUUAUGUACAUCUAUGAGAGUACAAGCUAAAAACGAGUUUGAGAAGGAUUUCUGGAAGUUGCUAAUUAAUAGCGUUUUUGGUAAAUGUAUGGAGAAUGUUCGAGCAAGAACUUCUAUAAAACUGGUUUCUUCAGAACAAAAAGCAAGGAAAUUAAUGGCGAAAACUAGUUUUAAAGACAGAACUAUAUAUUCUAAGAAUCUCAUGGCCAUUCAUCAGCAUAAGGAAACAAUUAAAUUCGACAAGGCAAUUUAUGUAGGAUUUGCAAUUUUAGACGUUUCGAAAACAUUUAUGUAUGACUUCCAUUAUAAUGUAAUGAAGAAAAGGUAUGGUACUAAAAUUAGUUCUUUAUAUUCGGAUACUGAUUCCCUGAUAUAUGCUAUCCAAACAACAAAUUUUUUUGACGAUUUAAAAAAUAGUUUAUUACCAUAUUUUGACACAUCUAAUUAUCCUAAAGACCAUUGUUGUUUUAGUGAAAUUCAUAAAAAUCAACCAGGGUUCUUUAAAGAUGAAAUGAAAGGAAUUAUAAUUAAAGAAUUCGUUUCAUUAAGACCGAAAUUAUAUGCUUAUAAAACUAUAGAUGGCGCUGAGAAAAAAAAAGCAAAAGGCGUAAAUUAA